GAAGAAGCUUCUCUGCCCAAUUUGCUAGUUGUUUGUGGGGAUCAUGGGAUGUCUGAAACAGGUAGUCAUGGUGGUUCUUCAGAAGGAGAAGUGCACACACCACUGCUGUUUAUCAGCUCCGCUUUUGAAAAGAGAAGUGGUCCUCUCACCCAACCUGAACUUGUGCAACAAACUGAUUUAGCUAGCACACUGGCAGUAGGUCUUGGUCUACCAAUUUCAAGAAACAGUGUUGGGAACAUUAUAUUGCCAGUCGUGGGAGGCAAGACAAUGAGAGAACAACUACGUUUUGUGCACUUGAAUGGGUUCCAGCUUAGCAGACUGCUGCAGCAGAAUACACCUGCAUAUGAAAAAGAUCCUGGAUAUGAACAUUUUAAGAUAGCAGAGAAGUCCCAUGGUAAUUGGAUCAAACUGUACUUAGAGGGGAAUAAUUCAGAAAUACUCUUAAAUCUUGGCAAAAAGGUCCUGAAGCAAUAUUUGGAGGCCCUGAAGACUCUGAGUUCUUCACUAAGCAAACAAGUGGCACAAUAUGACAUGUAUUCGAUGAUGGUGGGGACUGUGAUCAUUAUGGAGGUUCUGCUGCUGCUUUUGCUCAGUGUUCCAAAAGCCCUGAGCAGCCGGGCAGAAUUUGAAAUGCCCCUCUCCCCUCCACUAUUCUCUCUGCUGUUUUACUUGAUGUGUCUGAUGCUGUGUGCAGUUCACGUCAUUGUAUGCACAUCGGCAGAAAGUUUAUGCUAUUUCUGCAGUAUGUCCUGGUUAACAGCAGUUGGAGUGAUGAUGCUGAUUUCUGCACUCAUGUGCGGUAUUUUAUCUGCCAUUGCAAAGAUCUUUGAGAAUUCCAGACUUCCACUGAAGUAUCCCGUUGUGUCCAGUUCCAGCUGGUCAGAAGUAGAUGUGCUGAUUCUGACUGGAACAAUUGGCCAUGUUUUGAGUUUGGGGGCAAGCAGUUUUAUAGAAGAGGAACAUCAAACCUGGUAUUUUCUUAUCAAUACGCUUUGUUUGGCCCUGUGUCAGGAACUUUGUAGAAAUAAUUUUCUUCUGAAAGAAUGCGACCCUCAACAUAGCACCACUGUGAAACAAAAUUUUGAUAGUAUCGGGGAAGCCUCUGAGUGCAAGAAUAUAGACAUUCCAGCAGCAGGUAAUUCAAAAUUGGGCAAGGCCACGUCUUCAGCUGAAUUCAUAAAAGGAUCAGAUAAGUGGAUAAGUUUAGCAAGUCCAUGGAUCAUCCUUAUCUGCUGUCGGCUGCUUCGAUCCUUGAAUCAGACGGGUGUCCAGUGGGCUCAUCGGCCAGACUUUGGACAUUGGUUGACAAG